AAAAAGUUGAAUGUUUUUUUUUUAUGGAUUAUAGGUUCAAAAUUGACUAAAGUUGUACUUCGUCUACGGUAUGAUUUGGAGCGAUAUAAUCUUAGCUGAUAUUCGAGAUGGGUUAGCGAGAACAUGUUUCAGAACUGACAAACGCUCAGCACUGAAUGAUUGGUGAUGGAGCCCUCAAAAAUUUGUUUCAGCCCAUUCAAUGUCACGUUCUAUUACAGUUCUUUCUUUAUUAUAUGCACAAAACGACGCUCGACGCCAACCACCGGGGUUACCCAUUCCAAACAGUCCACUCUUCCAUGCAUUUCCUGUAACGACUCUGCUCAUCGAGUUAGUGGAGUAUCGUCAGCGAUGGAUAACGUCGGCCAGUCAAGGAGGUGGGGGUUCAGAAGGAACGAAGAGCUCAUAGUAGCCUCCGCAAUCAGCAUAAGAGGAAUUCUCGGCACUGUGAUGAAAAACCUCAACCCGGACGACCCGAGACCCGUCAUCCCUCUCGGCCACGGCGACCCUUCUGCCUUCGCCUGCUUCCGGACACCACCCGAGGCUGAAUCCGCCAUCUCCAGCUCCCUUGUUUCCGCUAAGUUCAACGGCUAUGCCCCUUCCACCGGCCUUCUUCCCGCUAGACAGGCAGUAGCUGAGUACCUUUCUCAAGAUCUCCCUUAUGAGCUAUCACCUGAUGAUGUUUACCUUACACUUGGAUGCACACAAGCAAUAGAAGUCCUUCUUACCGUUCUUGCUCGCCCCAAUGCUAACAUUCUACUUCCGAGGCCAGGAUUCCCUUUCUACGAAGCUAGGGCGGCCUGUACCAACUUUGAAGUCCGCCACUUUGAUCUUCUUCCAGGUAAUGAAUGGGAAGCUGACCUUAAUGCUGUUGAGGCUUUGGCAGAUGAAAAUACUGUUGCAAUGGUCAUUAUAAACCCUGGUAAUCCAUGUGGGAAUGUCUUCAAACACCAACAUCUAAAGAAGAUUGCAAAGACUGCAAAAAAGCUCGGGAUUCUUGUAAUUUCUGAUGAAGUAUAUGACCAUCUUACUUUUGGAGAUAGUCCUUUUGUACCUAUGGGAGUUUUUGGUUCAAUUGUUCCUGUUAUUACUGUUGGAUCAAUAUCAAAGAGGUGGAUUGUUCCUGGUUGGAGACUUGGGUGGCUUGUCACUAAUGAUACCAACGGGAUUCUUAAAGAACAAGGGGUUAUAGAUUGCAUCACAGGUUUCCUCAGUAUUUCGUCUGACCCUGCAACCUUUAUCCAGGGAGCAAUCCCUGAUAUUAUUCGGAAUACCAAACCAACGUUUUUCUCUAAAAUUGUAAAUAUACUAAGAGAAGCAGCAGACAUCUGUUAUGAAAAAAUGAAGGAGAUCCCAUGCAUCACCUGCCCAAGCAAACCUGAAGGUUCUAUGUUUGUGAUGGUAAAACUUAAUCUGGAUCUCUUGGAAGACAUUUUAGAUGAUUUGGAGUUCUGUCUCAAGCUGGCUAAGGAGGAAUCAGUGAUAAUUUUGCCAGGUGCAGGAUUUGGGGUGGGACUCAAGAAUUGGCUCCGAAUUACUUUUGCAAUUGAGCCAUUGACACUUGAUGAAGGUCUUGGAAGGCUCAAAGCUUUUUGUCUAAGGCAUGCCAAGAAAUACUAAGCUAUCAGCCAGGACAUUCUUUUCAAAUGAAUAAUUCUAUUAACUGGUGGUAUCUAACUUCUUGUUGAAUGUCAACAAUUAGAAAGCAAUGAAAUACUUGUGAUUCAAUUGCUUGUUUUUUCGAAAUCUAAAGCGGCAUGCCGUCACGUCUUUUUUAGAUUUGUAUAAUUACUUGUGCAAAGAAUAAGUAGUUCAGCUUUUUAAAGCGCAUGCUAUGAAAGUGACCAUUCAAUUAAUUAUCAGCUGCAAAUUAUUUGACGGAUUCAUUGUUUCUUGCUAUGAAUUACGGAGUAUACAUUCU